AUGUCUUUGUUGUCAUUCGUGAUCAUCUGUGCGCUGCCGCUAGAGUACAAUGCUGUCUCUCUUCUUUACCAGUAUGGGCACGCCACCAGUGACACAAACUUGUACACGACCAGACAGAUUGGGAAGCACAAUGUCCUUUUCCCCGGGUUGAAAUUUGCUUUUUUCGCAGGAGUCUGCGGCGGAACACCGAAAUACCCGGAAAUUGGCGAUGAGAUCCUACUUGGAGGCGUCGUGAUCAGCAAGACGGCGGUCGGAUAUGAUUUUGGAAGACAGAAUCCUGGCAGCUUCGUGUGCAAAGAUACCCUCGAUGAUAAUUUAGGUCGUCCGAACCGCGAUAUAUGCUCCCUGCUUGCGUCCUAUCUACAUAAACAUCAUGGUUUGUCGCCAUAUGUAUGCGAGGAUUGCAAUCGGUUCCCCCACAGUAUUUUUAAGAUGGCACAUGACACAAUUAUACGUCUUGGACGGAUCGCAUCCGGUGACAUAGUGAUGAAGUCUGAGGAACAUCGAGAAACACUUGUACAAAAUGAGAAAGUCAUUUCAUUUCAGAUGGAGAGUGCAGGGAUUUGGGAUGAAGGGGUAUCUGACUAUGCUGAUAGUCACAAAAACAACCAAUGGCAAGACUUCGCAGUUUUAAUGUCAGCAUCGACAAUAAAGGCCUUGCUUGAGAGAUACAUCGGCACUAAAAGGCGUAGAUAA